AUGAAUCUGGAUAAGACGAUAUCGUUGCUGAGACAGGCGAAGCAGGUUAGUGAAGAGACGGUGUAUUCGCUCUGCCUGAGGGCGCAGGAACUGCUGAUGAACGAGUCAAACGUAACAAGAGUAGACACGCCGGUGACGAUCUGUGGCGAUAUUCACGGGCAGUUGCACGAUUUGCUGACGCUAUUCGAGAAGAGUGGCGGAAUAGAGAAGUCUCGGUAUAUCUUUCUGGGCGACUUCGUGGACAGAGGGUUCUAUUCGCUAGAGUCGUUUCUGCUGCUGCUGUGCUACAAGCUGAGAUAUCCAGACAGGAUCACACUGAUACGAGGGAACCACGAAACGCGGCAGAUUACCAAAGUUUACGGCUUUUACGACGAGAUUAUGAGGAAAUACGGGAACAGCAACGUAUGGAGAUACUGUUGCGAAGUGUUCGACUACUUGUCGUUGGGAGCUAUCGUGAACAACCGGGUGUUCUGCGUCCACGGGGGCCUCUCGCCAGACAUCGCCACGAUCGACGAGAUACGAUCGAUCGACCGGAAACAGGAGGUACCGCACGAGGGAGCCAUGUGCGACCUGCUGUGGAGCGACCCAGAGGAAGUGGAUACGUGGUCGAUGUCGCCGAGAGGAGCCGGUUUCCUGUUCGGCAAGAACGAAGUUGACCAGUUCUUGGUGAAGAACGACGUGGAGCUGAUUGCUCGGGCACACCAGCUGGUGAUGGAGGGCUACAAGGAAAUGUUCGAUGGCGGCCUGGUGACCGUGUGGUCCGCGCCAAACUACUGUUACAGAUGCGGGAACAUCGCAGCUGUGCUGCGGAUAGAAGACGAUCUCGAAAGAAAGUACACCAUAUUCGAGGCCGUGCAACCACAGAAUGGCGUUGGAAACGCCAUAAUACCGACGAAGAAACCGCAGAUGGACUAUUUCCUCUAG